AGCAGGCGCUCAUCGCCACGGAUCGCUGCCGGAAAAAGGCCCAAAAAAAAGGGCCUGCGAGUCAGCAAUAAAUACAAAAACCACAACGAAAGCCAAUUGAAACCUGUGGCCACUUGUCACACACAUAACCCAAAGUGCCAGUGACAGUUCUUGUUAUAUAUUCUUCCCAUCUGUCUCGAGUGGGGGAAUACAAAAUAAAACGAAUUGUAUUUAACAGGAAAAACCGGCUGGACAGUGGAGUUCGCGUGUGCGUGUUUCGAUUCUGCGGCAUUACAAAAACCGAUACGAAACUCCAUUUAUGACCGCCGUAAGUCGUAAGCCGUGAGUUGUGAGUUGUGAGUCGUCUUGUACGUAUUUACGCUACACUUUAUACACAUAGAUAUAUACAAAAAAGUAAAAAAAAUAAAGCAAAGGAAAAGAAGGAGAAACGUGCCGCAAAUUGCGGCAAACUUCUUCCCGGAGUGGGCAUAGAAAUCAAAAAGAAAUUCCAUUUUAACAAAUCGAUUUCGGGUGUUCUUUUUUAUAUUCAGUGGCGGAUCCAGAGACGAUUCUUGGGGGGGGAAAUUGAACUUAUUCUUCGAUUUGGGGUUCAAACUUAUUAUUGCGAGAGAAAUACAGUACAAAUUAUAAAACAAAAAUUAUCCAUCCCAAUUUUUUGGUAAACAAAGUGGUUAUAUUUGAAAAGUCAACCAUAGCAAACAAGUAAAAUUUUCAGGUUCUGUGGUUCCAAGGGGGGGGAAAUUUCCCUAAUUUCCCCCCCCGUGGAUCCGCCACUGUUAUAUUCGAAUGCGGACAGCAAUAUAAAUAGAGCAGUGUUCGCUGGCUAAUGACAAAUUAAAUUGUUGGCACACACCAAAAAAAAAAAAAAAACAACAAAAAAAACGAGAGAAAAAAGUAGGCAAAAAGUAGAAUAUCACAACAUCGAAGGCAUUAAAAAAUUACGAACCGCGCGUGUUAAAAGUUUGGGCUGUUAUCAACCAAAACAAAAACAACAACAACAACAACAACAGCAAGUAGAACAGCAUUAACAAUAAACUGCGAUAAAAGCAACAGCCGAGCGGGAAAAGUUUCAUUAUUUUUUGUGCGGCAGAAGGCAGAAGGAGGAAGGCAAAUCAGGAAGGACAAUGAAGGCGUCGCGGAUCGCGGGCUCAUCCUGCCGGAAUUCGAACGCUCCUCAUCAUCAACGGCGGACGUUCGGCGCGUGUUGAGCAAUUUCCGUGUCGCCGUCGUCGACUGUUGCGCGCUCGAGUGCCGAAUCGAAUCGCAAGUCCCGACUUUCUGCCACUGCCAACAGGCUCCAGCGAGUGGGGAUCCAAGCGAGGGAAGAGCGAAGGAAGAGGGGAGCUGUGAAGGAUUGGGAAAUGGAGUGGAUCCCGGUGGCAGCUUUGAGCAAACACUCGAAACACAGGGCAACCAGGAUGAUGACUGCGAACUUCGACGGCCUUGUUUGCAAUGCAGAUUGCAAUUACUCGCGUUUUAAAUUACGCACAGCAACCGAGGAAAAGUUAAACCACGAGGACAGCGAAAAAGCACUGGCGAAGCAACUUAAAUGAGCUGCGAUUCAAUCGGGCUGCGAAACUGAAGAGAUGUCAGGGGUUAACGGGGCUGACCUUUUGGCCACGACAAUGACAUUGCCCAUAACAGCCGCAUUGGCAAAUUCAACAGCAGAAACGGCAGCAACAGCAACUAGCAGGCUGAGCAAAUCGAUUGCAGCACUCGCUGCAGGUGGCACUACAACAGCAACAGCAACAGCAAUAUCAACUUCAACCAGCAACCUGCAACGUGCAACAUUAACCGGCCACAUUUCCACAACGGCAACGGUUGCAACGACCAGUUUGCCCAUAACUUCGCAAUUUGUUGAUGCCUCGUUGACUUCGCUGUCAUUAACAGCCACCUCGUCGGGCUCCUUUUCGUCCUUCUCGUCCUCGGAGUCGUCGUUCGAGUUACUCGCAACCGUUGGCCCAAACAUAACUGCCAAUGCCAGCGACUUGUUGGCGGAGAAUCCCGAAGAGCUGGAGGAGAGCUGGCUGGACUUUUCGCUGCUGUUACUCAAAGGGUUCAUCUUCUCGUCAAUUAUCCUGGCCGCCGUUCUAGGGAAUGCGUUGGUCAUCAUUUCGGUGCAGCGCAAUCGAAAGCUACGGGUGAUAACCAAUUACUUUGUUGUGUCGCUGGCGAUGGCCGACAUGCUGGUGGCCCUCUGCGCGAUGACAUUCAACGCCUCCGUGGAGCUAUCCGGCGGCAAGUGGAUGUUCGGACCGUUCAUGUGCAACGUGUACAACAGCCUGGAUGUUUACUUUUCCACGGCGAGCAUCCUGCAUCUCUGCUGCAUAUCGGUGGACAGAUACUACGCCAUCGUGCGUCCUCUGGAGUAUCCAUUGAAUAUGACACACAAAACGGUGUGCUUCAUGCUGGCCAACGUUUGGAUCCUGCCCGCCCUCAUAUCCUUCACGCCCAUCUUCCUCGGCUGGUACACCACGGAGGAGCACCUGCGGGAGGUGUCCCUGCAUCCGGACCAGUGCUCAUUUGUGGUCAACAAGGCCUACGCCCUCAUCUCCAGCUCGGUUAGCUUCUGGAUCCCCGGCAUUGUGAUGCUCGUGAUGUACUGGCGCAUCUUUAAGGAGGCCAUUCGGCAGCGCAAGGCCCUCAGUCGGACCAGCUCCAACAUCCUGCUGAACAGCGUCCACAUGGGCCACGCCCAGCAGCCCACCAACCUGAGCUAUCUGCAUCCCAGCGACUGCGAUCUCAAUGUGGCAUCGGCCAGGGAGGAGACGCAGAGUGCUCUGAGCAACUUGGAGGACAUGCUGCAACCGGCCACCGACGAGGACGACGACAGAGAUGAGUGCGAUGAACUGCGAGUGCCGUCGCCACCACCACGUCGUCUUAGCAGGAGCAGCAUAGAUCUGCGCGACUUGGAGCAGGAGCGGUACGAGAAGGUCACCCACACGGACAGUGCGCCCUCGAUGAUGGCGCUCCAGCAGCAGCCGACUUCCCACAACCAAUUGCAGCCACCGGCGCCAGUGUUCAAUCCGCAGAUCUGGACGGAGGGCAAGGUGGCGAUGCCUCCCAAGGAGCUGGACAAGGAUGAUUCUCAUCCUAAUGGACCGCAGCAGCAGCUCAGCUUGACCAGCGGCAGUGGGAACAGUGAACCCGAACCGGAAUCCACUGCUUACCGGGUGUUUGGUCUCAACAGCGACGAGAGCGAGGGCAACGACCUGUACGACACCCAUCUUCCCUUGGCCGAGGACAACAAGGAGCUGAAGCGUCUGAUCGAGGAUAACUAUCUGUACUUCAAGCGGCAGACUGGGGGCACCAUCAUUAGUGGUCCAGGUGGCGGCAAGUACGCCGCCCUCAGCGAAACGGACUUCAUCCGGUUGAAGGCAGGAGCAGCUGCCUGUGGGAGAAAGGCAUUCGCCUCCAGCGAUUCGGAAUUCCUGCGCACCAUCAGUGAAUCCAGAGCACUGCCCGAUCAACCGCUUCCGGGAAAGGAGAAGGGCUUCAAUAUCCUUUCGCUCCUGGCCAAGACGAAGCGUUCGAGCACCGAGUGCUUUGCGCUGGAGAAGAAGCGCCACCAGGCCAACUCCGAGGGAUCUAGCUUCUUCCGGCGCUCCAGGAAUCGGAAGCUAUCGCACAGCUACAACGGAUGCGGCGGCGGCAAGGAACGCAAACUUGAGCGACGCCAGCGGCAGCACAGCGACACCGAUUCCACACCCAACAAACCGGAUAUCCUGCUGGACAUCAAUGUGCUGAGUGAACAAAGCGGAGCCAGUGUGAUCCAGCAGUUCAGCGAUGGCGUCCAGCUGAUUGACUUCAGUGAGGUGAAGACCCCGCCAGAGGCGCGGAUUCGCAGCGAGGACGAGUUGGCCCAGUUGGCCGAUUGCUUUGGGGAGUCGCCCCAGCAUCCUUCCACACCACCUCCCUCACUUUCGCCACCGGAGCUGCCGGAGCCGAGUGGCCUGCUCAUCGCCAGCAGUUCGGAGCUGGCCGAGAUCUUUCGAUCGCUCAGCUUCCCACUCGGUCGUCCCGCUGGAGCUCCACAGAGGUUGAGUACGCUAAGUGACCAGGUGUGCGCCAACUACCUGAUGUCCCCACCGAACACCCCAGCUCCACCUUCGAUUUCCGUGGCGAAUGGAGUAGGAGUAGGAGGAGGAGGAGGAGCUGGCAUGGAUUCCUCCAGCGGCUCGAAUCCGCAGUCGGCGUCCAUCAAUGUGUACUUCCUGUCGCCGCCGCCGCAUGCCGCCGGACCUGGUUACACGCCCAGUGAUGCCUCCACCGUUUCCCUGGACGUGGUGACCACGCUGCCCAUGCCCGUGCCAGUGCCCCAGCCCAAUCCAGUCCAGCAGCCGCCGACGAACAUAUCGCCCAAGCCGGAGAUCAUACUCGACUCCACGCUAUCGCCGGUCGAAGGAUGUGGCGGCGAUGAGCACCGGGAUGUCACGUCGCCGCUGUUCAAGCGCAAAGAUAGCGCCGGCGAUGCGGACGUGAGUGUUUCCGGCGGACUGGGCGUGGGUGGGGCUGGGCGCCAAGGACGCUGCAGCAUACUAGCCGGCUACGAUGGCAUCCAGACUGUGCGAAAGCGACAGGCCUCCGUGGUGACCUACGACGUGAACGUCAUCAACUUCUCGCAGGAGAACAGCGACAGUCGGAGCUACAUUCCCAUGGGCCGCGUCUCCACCAGUUCAGCAAAGCACGAGUUCUCAAACAAAUCCUCGCUGAUCCGACGCGGCGGCAUCUGCAUCUUUGUGGAUGAGGAGGAGGCGGAGAGCAUUGAGCAGCGGCCACGUGGCAUCACCUUCGCCGCGGUGCCCAGUCCGCUGCCCAAGUGUCCGCUCUGCGGCGCCGACAUCAGCAGCAGCAGCGGCACCACCACCACCACCACAACCACAACAAAUGCAACAGCAAAAGCAAACGCCGGCACCACAAUCGACACCACUGAAACCACCAAUGCAAGUGCAACUGCAAUGGCUAGUAGUAAACGUAGUAGUCACGAAUCAGCUCCCGACCUUGGCCAGGGUUCGAAAUCCGGUCCGGGAUCGGGUUCGGGAUCGGGAUCGAGGUCCAGUUCCACUCGCUUCUGGCACAAACGAACGGCGGCGGUCACAGCAUGUUGGCAGCAGAGCAAGAACCGGAAGCGCCGCUUCAAAACCGGAUGCAGUCACUGUGGUGCAACCGGCGGCUCCGUUCGACCGGCCAAAGGAUGGAAGGCCGAGCACAAGGCCGCCCGCACUUUGGGCAUCAUCAUGGGCGUCUUUCUGCUCUGCUGGCUGCCCUUCUUUCUGUGGUAUGUCAUCACCUCGCUCUGCGGACCGGCCUGUCCAUGUCCCGAUGUGCUCGUGGUGGUCUUAUUCUGGAUCGGUUACUUCAACUCCACGCUGAAUCCGCUUAUAUAUGCCUACUUUAACCGCGAUUUCCGCGAGGCGUUCCGCAACACGCUGGAGUGUGUGCUGCCCUGUCUGGAGAAACGCAAUCCCUACAACGCCUACUACGUCUAGACCGGAUAACUCCGGUCGGCAAUCGCCCCAGCCCACAUUCGAUGCGGCGCAAUGCCCCUAUAAGUGAUAUUUAAUACUUGAGUGAAUCGUUAUACCAAAGGAAGAAAAACAAUGCGAGGGAAAACAAAAGCAAACGGCAAUACCAGAAGCGUUCGUGCAAGGAUCUUUAGCUAGGAAAAUCCUUGGAGCUAAGCAAUACUCAAUGUGUGUUUAUGUAUACGUGUACAUUUUCGUUUAAGCAACGAUAGGGAAUUUAAAUUCAAGUUGUGUUCUCAGCCCGCCAAGCAGCGGUUGCAGGGACAAUGCUGCCCCGGAACUAUACUAUCCAUAUAUAAGUGUUGUUUGUCCAACUAAACAGGAGAUAUACGUAAAAAAUAUACAUAUGGAAGAGUAAAAACAAAUUAGAAAGCGCGCAAAUGCAUAGAAAAAAUUACGAUUUAAAAGGAAAUGUUGUCAAAUGAGUUGUAAGAAAUAUUUAAGGUCUGGGCUUCGGCUUGUCGAAGGUGAAACACUUUUUCCAUAGAUGAUUUAAGAACUACAAAGUCUACAACAAACUAAAAAAACGUUUUUUCUGAUGAAGUUUCAACCAAGUCUUCUGUUUUCAAAACAGCAAACUACAUUUUAGGGUAAACGAAUACUAUUUUUUGUUUUUCCUGUAACUCAUACAAAUGCUUUUUGAAAAAGCUAGUUAGUACUUAUAAAUAUUGAAGCCAUACAUUAUUUCUUAACCGAUUAAAACCAGACAUAUUUUUUUCCAACAAAUCAGAUUUAUGGAAAAAGUGCAAAGCCAUAUUCUUACCUAUAGCAUUAAGUAUCAUAUGUAAACUAGAAAACUAGCAAACCAAAUCUACAUAAUCGUGUUAAAUGAAAUUGAAAACUAUUAAAUUAUGCAAUCGAAAUUAUGUAAAGAAAAAAAGGAACGAAGGAAGAAUUGAGUAGGUGACGUUAUGAAUUUUCAAGCAGAAAGACAAUCUACCAAUGAGUAAACAAGAAUGAACUACGAACAACCAAUAUUGGCAAGCUGUAGGAAAUUUCGCUGUUCGCUGCAAAAUCGAUUCACUUAUUUCAAUUUAGUUAGAUGGAUUCCCCUCUCUCCUGUGUUGCGACGACUUUUGUGAUAGUAAAGGAAAUUGAUUGUAUUUCUAGUUGAAUUGGUUUGCGUUGAGUUAGUAAUACAUCUCGUCUAAGUAUCUGUACGACGUAUGUGAGUGUGUCUAAGUAUGUAAGGCCGUGUAUCGCUAUGUAUUUCAAUGUACUUGCUGAACUAAACUACUGCAAAUUAAAGUGUGGAACUAUUGUGUUUUAAAA